AUGUUGUAUCAGCUGUUCUCAACUACCAAAAUUUACAAAUAUAUGUUUAUCACAAGUGAGCCUGGGAAAACGGUGGAAUUGCAUUUCGGAGGGUUCAAAAUGGUGCGCAAGGUUGAAGAUAGGACUCUUGGCAAGCUGCAAUGCAAGAUUUUGGCGUCGUUACACAACACAAAACAUCGUGAGAGAUGCCAUAAGGUCAAGUCUAUCCAAGCAUAUCAACGCACUCACGGUAAGAAACGAUCAGAUCGAUCGGACUACUCCACAGUUUGUUUAGUUAACUUGGGACGAAACAAAUACGGGGAAGACAGGAAAAACAAAUUUGUUAAUGGAAUUACAGUCAAGUUGCACGGUAUUUUGACAAAUUUUGGUCAUGUCAAAUGUUGUCAUUCGAUAAUUGUCAAAAAAAUGUUCUGUGCCACUAAAAUGUUAUCAUUUAAUUGGCGAAAUAUUUAUCAAAAGAUGCCGAUUAUAAUGUGCCAAUAGUAAAAUAGUAUAAAGGUAUAGUUUUAUUUUGACCAAUAACAUGGCAUCCUAA